AUGGCCAGCAGCUUGUGCACCAUCCAUGCAUAUUUCCAAGUGUUGGACGAGGCAGUCGCCGGACGCAUCUUGCAGGAUUUCGUCGAGCACACCAAGGAUGAAAGCGGCUGCCUGUGGUAUGCUUGGGAUCGUUCCGGGGACAAAUUGUUCUGCAAUGAAGCUUAUGAGGACGCCCAGGCGGUGCUUACCCAUAUGGAAAAUCUCGGAAAAGCAGGCACUUUCAAAGAUGCCGCCAAGCUCACCCAGAUAGAAUUCCAUGGUCCCGCUGUUGAACUUGAGAAACUACGCUCGGCUGCCGAAGCCGUCAAUGGCAGGCUUUUUACAGAGGAUGGGGGUGCAGGCUUCAUGCAUCCCCUCACACCGAGUGCAAACGUCGAGCCUGCAUCUUUGUGCACUUUGCAUGCAUACUAUGACCUCACGGAUGAAGGCAAAGCGGAGCCUGUGCUCGGCGAUUUGGCAACAAGGACGAAAUCGGAGCGGGGCUGCGUUUACCAUGGUUGGACAAAGGCGGGCAACACGCUUUUCUGCCGCGAGGGGUAUUUGGACAGCGAUGCGGUGCUGGCGCAUCUCAACAAUGUUGCCUCCUGCACAGGCCUGGCUGACUGCACCCGCUUGCGGUGCUUGGAGCUCCACGGCCCACCGUCACAGCUUGCCAAGCUGCAGGGCAUCGCGCAGCAGAUGGGUGCGGAGUGUUAUGAGCGACAAGAAGGCUUCCAGCGCGUGGCCCUGGCAUCGGCAGUCAAUGCGAGACCCACACUGCUGGCUGUUGCCCGCAGGAGUGGCGGUGUGGAGCCAUGGAGGCAGCUGUUCCGGGCGCUGACGGCGCUGAAGUACGUCGGCCUUGCAGGGCUCUCUCUGACCCUCCUAACCAGGCUGGCGCGGCGGACGCAGCGCAGGAACGGGUGGAACGUUGCGGUCGCGAGCCUGAUGCUGCUCCUGGGCCAUCUUGCCGAACGCAAGCUUCCUUCUGGCGAAAUGUCCUGA